ACUCUACCUAUAUCAACCAACACAAUCCUCUCUCUCUCUCUCUCUCUCUCUCUCCCCAAUGCGGCAUAUUCAAAUUUUAAGCAAACCCCACAAACAAUCACUACCAUCAUUACAUUUUUCCCACCCCAUGAAGCUUUCUUUGUUUGUCUCUUAAAACCAUCAUUCAUCUAUAUAGCUUUCUCAAAGAUCUCUUUCAAAAAUCACUUAAAACAAGAAAAAAGCACUUAUUUCUUCAUAAGAACCACUAGACUUUCUCUCUUUUUUUCUCCCUCUAAUGCAAAUGAGGAAACCUGAUUUGAUCAUGGCAAAAGAAAACAACAAAAUGAACAAUAAUGUUAACAAGAGCAAGCUAAGGAAAGGGUUAUGGUCACCUGAGGAAGAUGAGAAGUUGAUAAGGUAUAUGAUAACUAAAGGACAAGGUUGUUGGAGUGACAUUGCUAGGAAUGCAGGUCUUCAAAGGUGUGGCAAAAGUUGCCGUCUUCGUUGGAUUAAUUACCUGAGACCCGAUCUUAAACGCGGUGCAUUUUCGCCUCAAGAGGAAGAACUCAUCAUUCAUUUCCACUCUAUUCUUGGCAACAGAUGGUCUCAGAUUGCAGCACGUCUCCCUGGUCGCACCGAUAAUGAAAUAAAGAAUUUUUGGAAUUCUACAUUGAAGAAGAGAUUGAAAACCAACAAUAACUCCACUCCAUCCCCAAACAAUAGUGACUCAUCAGAUCAACCCAUAUUAGAUGUUUUUGAUAUGAAAAAUAAUGUGAUCAUGCCAAUUAAUGAGCAAGAACUCAUGACAUUGUGCAUGGACUCCUCAUCUUCAACUUCAUCAUCAUCCAUGCAAUCCAUGCACAUGCAUGCUAUGGUUUUAGCUGAUCAAUUUGAUCCAUUUUCCUUGUUGUCUACUAAUACUCGUUAUGACAUGACAACAAGUUUCCAUGAUCAUGACAUGCCAACAAGCUUAACACAACAAGUUGGAAUGGUUAAUGAUAUUGGGCUUAGUGAUGAUUAUGGGAUUUUAGAUGCUAACAAAAUGGGGUUAUUAGAAAAUGAUUUUGAACUUCCUCCACUAGAAAGUAGAAUUAGCAUUGAAAACAAGACUGCACCAAUUGAUCAUAAUGGGAAAAACCAUAUCAACCACUUCAAUAAUAGUUGCUUCAAUAAUACUAAUCACAUUCAAAAUUCCAAUGUAGAGGACUUGUUUGGGUUUGGAAAUCAUGGGCAAGGGGAAAAUUUAAGAAUGGGAGAAUGGGACUUAGAGGGUUUAAUGCAAGACAUAUCCUAUUUACCUCCCCUUGAUUUUCAAGUUUAAGUAUCCUUCCAUUAAUUCUUUGGAAUUUCCAAUUCCACUAUCAUCUUUCUCUCCCUUAUGUCUUUGUGAAAAUGGGAUCCUCUACGACCUCUCUCGCUUCUUCCAGAAAAUCUCAGCUUUUGGAUUAAUUGAUCAUUGAUAAAUAAAACUAUCAACUGUUAGAUUAAUUCAACAAUUGAAAUUUGACUGUAAGAAAUAGACGAAUUGAAGAAGAUCCAAUUCUCUAUAUUGAACCAAACACCUUAAGGAAUAUUAGGCACCCAUUCUUUCUUGUCUUUAGUUCUUCCAAAAUGUAAACAAAAACAAACCCCUUUUGCUUGAUACAUAUAUAUAUCAUGUCUUGUCACACACAUUGUUAUUUUUCUUUCUUGUUUUACAAAAUUGUAACCAAAUUGUAUUGUAGUAGAUCUAUAUACAUAGUUUGACAAUGAAAAUUGCCAUAUGUGUAUAGGGUAGGAUUUUUUUUUUUGUUGCAUUCUUUAAUUUGUGCCCUUGUGGGUAAUUUCUUUGUGAAGCAUUUUAUAUCAUUUUUCGGUAUUAUAUAGAUUUGUAAAAUAAUCAAAGGAUCACAUCUUCAAGAGAAAUGUGAAUAGAGGUCAUUUAGAGAUUUCAAAAGAGGCAGAAUAAAGCUAUAUAGCUUAAAAAUGUAUGUAUCAUUGUUUAUAGCACUAGGAAUAAUGUGGAGUUGCAAGUUGUUAUAUGUUAGUGUUAGGUGGUGUACAAGAUGCAAUUGUAAACAGUAUACACACCAAUAAAUAUCAAAUUUGAAAUUCA